UCCCGUUUUUUACAAAUUCAUUAUGUAUUUAAAAGCUUAAAACGGUAAAGAGACGUUAAUUUUCCGUGAAUGAGCGAAUCGAAGAAAGAUUUGUUAGCAGUAUUCGGAAGCUGCAAAUCUUGUCUUUUCUGCUUCACUUCACAUUCAUGUCUCAACCCAACACCGACACUGACAUCAACAUCAACAUUCCGUUGAAUCAGAAUGAUGCUAAUGUUGAUAACUUCACAAAUCAGAUGAAACAUCAUGAAGAAAAUAUUCAGUUCCUUAAUUCUCAAUCGAAUCACUUAACUGAAUCUGUACUUGACUUACAAGUGAGUCUUGGAAGGUAUCAUUCUGGUACUGUGGUUACAUCAGAUAAUGGGAAUGGUGCAUUUCGUACCGAAGAGGAAACUGUGGAGCAGAUAUUGAAGAAAGAGAACUCUGCUGCCAGCAUAUUUUGUUGGAUAAAAGCUAAUUCUCAGACAUCCAAUUUGGCUUUUGUAAAGGAUGCUGUCGGUGUUGUGGCUACCCUUGCAAAGGUUGAGAAUGAUGAUCUUAGCAGGAUCCUUUCUGAGUAUGUGGGUUUGGAGACGAUGCUUGCAAUUGUCUGCAGUACUAAUGAAGGUGUUAAAGCACUGGAGAAGUAUGAUCCAGAAGGCACAAUAAACUCUAAUGGUGGUUUGCACGGAAUUGGAUCUUCAACUGGAAAAAUAAUAAAUGGCCGGUUUGUUGUCAUAUGUCUUGAAGAUUUAAGACCAUUUGUUGGAGGUUUUGUUGACGAAGAUCCACAAAAGAAGUUGGCUAUUCCGAAGCCGAAAUUGCCAAAUGGGGAGUGCCCUCCCGGGUUUCUUGAUUAUGCAGUGAACAUGAUCCAUUUGGAUUCAAAUAGAUUGUCGCAUCUUACUGCAAUUGGGCACGGUCUUAGAGAGACACUGUUUUACAGCCUUUUUUCUCGCCUACAAAUAUAUAAAACCCGGAACGAAAUGAUGCUUGCUCUUCCAUACAUUACCGAUGGAGCAUUGUCAUUAGAUGGUGGAAUGAUCAGGAAAUCUGGUAUCUUUGCUUGUGGUAGCAGACAAGAUGUAGAUGUAAAGUUUCCCUUAAUAGGAGGAGAAUCUGAUGUACCUCUAGUUUAUACUGAAGCUGAAGGUAUGGUGAGGAAGCUGAAAUGGGAAGCAUCUAAACUUGCUGCUGAUAUACAAAGAGAGCAGCAGCUGCUGGACUUUAGAAAGAGCAACUCCACAAGCCAAGACUAAAAUAUUGUUGGUAGAGAUUUGGUUACAAAGACAUGGUAUUAACUAUUAAGUUAUGUUUUAGUAGUUUCAUUUUGGAUGUUUUUGACAUCAAAUUAUGUGUAUUAGCAGUUUAUUUUCUAGGCAUGGUUCACGAGAGACAUGUCCAUAAGAAAUUAUAAAGAUGUAAAAUAGUAUUUCCAAAACAUGCAGCUAGUAUUCAUCUAUUAGCACAAAAGAAACUUGGAUA